ACUCUGCAAGCCCUAGUAUGAACUAGGCCAUGGGUGACCCAUACCUACACAAGGAACUAUAUUACAACAACACCUGAUAGAAAUGUUGUUUUCAUGGGAUGUUUGAAACUUUUUUUCAUCAAUGGCAUUUAUUAUAUAUGACUAUAAAUGUUAAUUUGGCUAGAUGGAUCAUUUUUAGACAGUACAUUUUUUUUUUACUGAGAAUAUACCAUAGUUUCCUGAUGUAAGCUCGAUUCUUUUGGCAUUAAAGGCUUUCUGGUUCACUAUGGGUCUGCUGAGAUUCAUUGGUGUGGCUGGGUGGGAGGUAAUAUUUCUAACUGCUUCCUAAAAUAGUGAUUUUUGUGUGAAACCAGAACUGAAAUGUGAGCUCUUUUGGAGUCAUUGCUUUCUUGAUGCACAUAACUGCAGAGUUUUGUCUGUUUUACAGAAAGUGUUUCAGACAAUGCCUUCUUGUUUGAAUUAUUGCAUAUUUAAAGGCAUUAAAAGACUAAAAGAAGGCAUUAUUUAUUUAAACACUUUGUAAAGUGACUCUGGGAAAAAACAGUUACAAAUAGAAUACUGUACAGUAUGUUCCCAUUUCUUUCUCAAAUUGCUUGUUCCAGUCUAUUAAACUCCAUUCCAACUUUUAUAUCACCCUGAGAAUUAGUUCAAGUCACAUGGUUAGGAUCCAGCUCCUUAUUUUCCAAAAUCUUCACUCGAUCUGCUUUAAGCCACUGUUUGGUGUAGAGAAGAGUGCAGAAAGGACUUCGGAGUUCUGCCCAAAGUCUAUUUUUUCCUUAGCGGUCAGUUGACACAGCAAGCCUUGAUUCUGAAGAAGUUUGGAGCUGAAAGGUAUUGUAUUUGAAGUGGGUGAGAGAGAUAGAAUUGCACUGUGCCUUUCCAUUACGGCUGAGAGAAGAGAAAGAAAGUGGCUACAUGAGGCUGGUUCUUCAGUCUGGCAAAUUCAGAGGCUCACUUUGAGGAGCAAGAACUUGAAGAUACUCUCAAGAACUGGCUGCUAUGGUCCACCUCAGUGUCACUCCUGAAGUCUCCCUCGCUGACUUGCCAGUGAAGAUUUAUGCCUCUGGCCUGGCGCCCUCCCAGCUUGUGACCUUACAUGCAUCAUUGACAGAUGAAAAGGGAAUGAAGUUUGUAGCCAGAGCCUUUUACCAAGCCAAUCAGAAUGGAGAAGUGGAUGUGGCACAGGCUUCUGCUCUGGGAGGUAACUAUACAGGUGUGUGGCCCAUGGGCCUCUUUUACACUCUAAAGGCUGAGAAGAUGUUCCACAGGCUGCUCAAACGUGAUGUGACAGGCAGCCCCUUCUAUGUUCAGAUUAGCCUCUUCGAUUCUACUGUGAUUGUGCCCUUGCCAAUGCAUGAACCACUGGCUACUUGCACUGUGGAACGAUGGUAUGCAGCCCCUGGAGUGGAACGCAUCUCCAUUAAGUGCGGCCGGGUCCGGGGAGCCCUCUUCUUGCCUCCAGGCCCUGGGCCAUUUCCAGGACUGAUUGACCUGUUCGGUGGAGCUGGAGGACUAAUAGAAUUUCGAGCUGGUUUAUUGGCUAGUAAAGGCUUUGCAGUUCUGGCUUUGGCUUUCUUUGCAUAUGAUGAUUUACCACAGACUUUGGAAGUAAUAGAUCUGGAGUAUUUUGAAGAAGCAUCCAGACUACUCUUGAAAAAUCCUAAGGUAAGAGGUCCGGGACUUGGAGUUAUUGGUUUAUCCAAAGGAGCAGAAAUUGCAUUGGCCAUGAGUACUUUCUUAAAGGAAGUAGUGGCUUCAGUGUCCAUCAAUGGUCCAACAAGAAUGACUGGUAUACCACUCCACUUUCAUGAUGUCAGAAUCCCUGGAACUUCCUACCCAUCUGAGAAGGUUGUCAUUAAUGAAAUGGGAUUGGCAUCCACUUUCUAUUGCUUGGGACAUCCUCUGGAUCAAGCACAUGAAGUAUCUGCCAUCCCUGUGGAGAAGGCCCAGGGACACAUCCUCUUUGUGGUGGGAGAAGCUGACCAAAGCUUCAAUGGCAAAGUGUUUGCUGAAGCAGCCAUGGCUCGAGCAAAGAAACAUGGAAACAAUAAUUAUAGCCUGUUGUCUUAUCCAGGAGCUGGACAUCUGAUAGAACCCCCUGGAUCACCAGUUUGCUAUGCUUAUCCACUUCGGUUUUCUUCCAUCCCAAUCCAGUGGGGAGGGGAAAUGAAGCCUCAGGCUAAAGCCCAGGAGCACUCUUGGAAUGAGAUCCUAAAUUUUUUUAAGCUUCAUCUUGGGCCACUUCAGAAUAGCAGUUUAUGAUAAAAGAAAGACCCGGUUGUUUAGUUUCCUUUGGGAUUAUGCAGUUGGGUGGAUACAUUGAGGCCAUGAACUCCAGUUUUCUUACUCUGUGCAGGUUAAAGUUAAAACCUUUAGAUGAAGGGGAGUCCUGUAGUUCUUCAACUAAUUAGAUCCAUUGUUGAACUGCUGUUGGUGUUAGGAAAUUUUUCAGAACAUUCAAAUAGUCUGCCUCACAUGUUUACAUGUCCCACAGUCUGGGAAGAAAACAGACAUUAGUGUUCUCUGUGGGCUUCCUAAUGCUCUUCCAUCCUUCCAUCCAUCGUUUGCUUUUCAUAACGCUCCACAGGUCAACAGUCUUCAUUUUACCUUCAUAACAUUUACUUGCCAUUCUCUGAAAUUAAAACAGUUUGUGUGAAUUCUUAAA